GGCUCCGGAGCCAAUGGAGAGAAGGGCAGGGCCGAGCUGGGCUGGGCAGGGCCGAGCUGGGCUGAAGGGAGCCGGGCCGGGCCGAGCGCAGUCGUGAGUAGUUCGUGGCUGUGCCCCUCCUGAGUGAGUGCUCCCUGGGAAAGUGAUGAUGAUCACGUUCAUGAACAACUCAGACAGUGAGGAUGAGACCUGUAAUGAGAGAACAUCUCUGAUGUCUGCAGAGAGCCCUCCAAUACCUUCCUACCAAGAUGGCUUGCAAGCCUCAGAAGCAGGGGAAGUGCAGAUACAUAGGAAGAGGCACACAGGUAGCAGCUGUAGCCCUAACAAUGUUGCUGAUGGGGAUAUGUCUGACUCGGGUGUUCGAGCGAGAGGGAGCGCCUUGGAGAAUGAAGACGAGGAACUGACACUGAAAUAUGGAGCAAAGCAUGUAAUCAUGCUCUUUGUGCCUGUCACCCUUUGUAUGAUUGUUGUCGUCGCCACCAUAAAGUCAGUGCGCUUCUAUACGGAGAAAAACGGGCAGCUGAUCUACACUCCCUUCAGUGAGGAUACCCCAUCGGUGGGCCAGCGUCUCUUGAACUCGGUGUUGAAUACCAUCAUAAUGAUCAGCGUCAUUGUUGUAAUGACCGUGUUCCUAGUUGUUCUUUAUAAAUACCGCUGCUACAAGUUUAUCCAUGGCUGGCUAAUCCUGUCCUCUUUGAUGUUGCUAUUCCUCUUCACCUACAUAUAUCUUGGUGAAGUAUUGAAGACAUACAAUGUGGCCAUGGAUUACCCCACGCUCAUUUUAGUCAUCUGGAAUUUUGGAGCUGUUGGGAUGAUUUGCAUCCACUGGAAAGGCCCACUGCAGCUCCAGCAAGCAUAUCUCAUUAUGAUCAGUGCUCUGAUGGCACUGGUUUUCAUUAAGUAUCUACCUGAGUGGUCGGCAUGGGUGAUUCUAGGUGCCAUCUCCAUCUAUGAUCUGAUGGCUGUUCUCUGUCCUAAGGGGCCACUGAGAAUGCUGGUGGAGACUGCGCAGGAGAGAAAUGAGCCCAUUUUUCCUGCAUUGAUAUAUUCCUCUGCCAUGAUAUGGACAGUUGGAAUGGCAAAGCCAGACACAGCAGCAAGAGGACCAAGUCAGCAGACAUGGGAUGCAGCUGAAGAUGGGAGAGAGAACCACAGUAGCCCUUCACACUCAGACUCUCAGAUUUUGGAGACAAGGAGUCCUGUUCCAAGCCACCCCAUCACUUCUUUAGAGGAACUGGAGGAGGAGGAAAGGGGUGUGAAGCUGGGCCUCGGAGACUUCAUAUUUUACAGUGUUCUUGUUGGGAAAGCAGCUGCCACACCUAGUGGAGACUGGAAUACUACACUAGCCUGCUUUGUAGCCAUUCUUAUAGGUUUAUGUUUAACUCUUUUAUUACUGGCUGUUUUUAAGAAAGCAUUGCCUGCUCUUCCCAUCUCCAUCACCUUUGGCUUGAUCUUUUACUUCUCGACAGACAACCUUGUGCGACCAUUCAUGGACACCCUGGCCUCCCACCAGCUGUAUAUUUAGAAGAAGAGGGAGCUGGAGGAUUCUUUUUAAAGCUUUUCUGUGAAGUGAGUUGUCUGCCUACCAAUUUCCCGUUGCAUUGGAGCCGUUCUAACUGCAGGGACUGAAGAUCUUUCCAGGCUCUGGUUCUCUAACUUUUUUUUUAGAAGUUGAGACAGUCUGACCAAUUCUUCUCUGCGUAUGCCUGGGAACUUGGCCACUUUAUACAAAUCUUUAACAGAAGCCAACUUUCUCUGCGUUCUUCAAAGCAGUCAACAUCAGAACUGUUGAGAGAGAACUGAAAGAGAGAUUUUUUUUUUUUUUUUUUGAGGGGGGGUGGGGUUGGAGGGAUGUUCCCUCAUAUCCAAUAAGCAGCAAGCUGCUAUCUGGUGAGCAGACUUUCCUCCGAAAGCAGCAAACAGGAGGAGAAAAGCAACCUUACCUGAAGGCUGACAGAUGGCCUGCUGGAAGUCACAUUUAAAGAGGCCUAGACUCACUCUUUGCCGUGUUCUUCUUGCUGCUUUGACCAAGAGCUGCAGCAGAGCUGUUCAUGAAAUGUGAGCAACCCCUGAAAUUGCAUCAUUAAGCCCUUCGUUAUGUAAGUAUCAAUGGACAAUAUGAGGUAAAGAUAUGAUGGCACCACUAAAGCAGUUGCUGUGGAGCCAUAUCUUCUGGCUGCUAUGUCAAACUUUCCCACUGACCUUGGGUAAGGUACUGACCUCUCUCUGACUUGUAAAAUCAGGAUAUCUGGAGAAGUAAAUAAUCUUCAAUAAACCAUUUUAAGAUCAGUGAGAAGGCCCUGGGGAAGUGUGACUCACUAUUAGUUAUAAUUUGUUUAUUUUAAUUUCCAUUAUAUUUAUGUAUUGUAUUAUAUUUGAGAAUAGAUCUAUCAUUAUAGUGUUUGUAUCUAGAUUGUAAUUUGUAUUAUAUUCAAAUUUAUUACAAGGUGUAUUAUAAUUUAAUAAAAGAUUGAUAUAUAAUCCUCA